AUCUGAAGAUGACAAGCAAGAUUCUAUUCCUUACGAGGUUCAGCGAGCUAGGGAACUUUAUUCACAAUUUCAAGACAAGACGGGAGGAAAAGGAUUGGAUUUUUGGCUGGAUUUACAUAACGCGACCGCAGAUAUGGGCCCCUGCUUCAUAAUGUCAAACAAGAAUAGCCCUUUUGCUUUGCAUAUCGCGGCUCAAGUACAGGCAGCCUUCCCAGAAAUCCGAAUCCUACAGCUAACAGGUAUUUUCGAGAGUGUUAAUUUUGACAAGGAGCAGAACGGAAAGGAUGUUAAAAACCAAAAUAAUACGGAUAUUUUAGAAUUUCCCACCGGGAGUGUUUCAAAUAUUGCCAAGGAAGGGUUUGCCCUGGAGAUGGGCCCCCUUCCUCAUGGUACUUUCAAUCCAGCCAUGUACAACUUAGCAAAGGAAAUUGUCCUGGGAGUUCUUGAUGCUGUGGAAGAAUUCAAUCGUGGAAAAGAAUUUAAAGAGAAGGAAAUUGAAGUUUUCAGAUUUAAAGGUGUUGUCAACUAUCCUGUUGAUGGAGAAGGUGAUAUUUCUGCCAUGAUUUCUCCUGACAUGAAUGGAAAAAACUGGAAGCCGCUUCACCCAGGAGAUCCUCUCUUUUUGUCCUUUUCUGGCCAAACCAUACCAUUCCUGGGUGAGCACGUGGUAUGGCCAGUUUUUAUCAGUGAGGCUGCAUAUUUCAGCAGCAAGAUAGCUUUUGCAGUAACCAAGAAGGAGAAGAUUUUUAUUCAAGCACUAAAAGUAAAAAACAACAAUUAAUUAAUCAAUCACCACGCUUCUUACUUUCUUCUUUACCAGCUUCUCAUCAUUAGUGGAGCAUAUAGUCUAAAGGAAAAAAGACACGAAAACAAAGUGUGAAGAUAGAAAUCGGGGAAACCAAAAUCAUGCUUAGUUUCAUAAGCAUAACAUUGAUUUUAACAAUGCUUUGAUCAUUAAUAAAGGGAAUAGACCUUAUUUAUUAUACCCAGCAUCUUUGCACACAAUUUAGGAUAGCUGAGAUAAAAGCAAUGUCAAUGUCAAAUUUGUCAAUUCUAGUAAUCAUGGUCAAGUUUGUUCAUUCUUGCAAACAAGAAUUUAAUAGUCAUGCAAAAUGUAUGGUACAGACAGGUUUUUUUAUUGCUUUCUGUGAGAACAUCUACAGUUGCUACCGCAUCCAAAAAGGUAUCAGUGGUGAAUUCCACUGAUAACUUGCUGUCAUUGUCUUCCAGAUGAAAAUUUGUGUAUUUUCUUCUGUAUAGAAUAAACAAGCUUGACCAAGAUUUCUUUUAUUGGCAGAUUUUAUCACUUAUGUGCCUCCUGAGAAACCAUGUGGCCUCACUUUUAUCCCAUCAGUUCUCAAAAACUGCAUGUAAAGAUGGCAAUUAUUGUAAAUAAGGUCUAUUAUCACAGAAAAAAGUAACCAGAAUCCCUUCAUCUGACAGGAGGGGGUGGAGGGGUACUCCUGGGAGUUUCUGAUGGGAGUGUACUGCCCGGUUCUCCUAAAUCCUGACCCUAUUUCAGACCAAAAAAUGUCAUUUACCAUGCCAAUUUUCAGACCUGGCCCCUGAAAUCCAUAACCAUUUUCUUCCAGAAAUUUUGCCAUCAUUACUUAGAUUAGUUAUAAGAUUUUUCAAAAUCCAUUUCUAGUUCACAUAUUACUCUUUCUUUCCCAUGCACUUGGAAUUGAAGCAACAAAUAUGUUCAUACAUUUCGGUAGUUUCCUUGAAAACCAUGCACAUUUCCUCACGGCUGAAAUGGGCAAAGUCUAUACCCGUUAUCGGACUGAAUUGCUGCUACAACCAUACCCUUUGGGGCGGCACAUACCUAUUUUCGUUAUAUAAGGGAGUACCCUCCUGCUCCAUGCCUGGCACACCAUGAGCAUUUCUAAACUUUACAGCAUGGCCAGUACCUUACACAUGCUGGGCACAGCCAUAUUACCCUGGCAGUGGCAGCCAUGGACAGUUGUUAUGCCUUCAUUGGGGUUCACCAGCAUGGCAAAAACGGUCAGACCUUGUUUUCCUUUUUUAUUGAUUUAUUUACAAAUCAAGCAGGUUUAAUAAUCUACUGUGGAAAUAACGGACAUUAAAUAUAUAGUUAGGGAUUACUAAUCAGUUUACAGAGGUAUAAAAUAACUAAUUGCUAUGUUCUCAAGGGAACUGGAAGUGUUCUUUCAGCAAUUGUGGGAUAAAUGACACGCUAUAUUAGUCUUCCAGGUUUUCAGAUAGUGACAACGCAAAGAAAACUGAGCACUGCAGGGAAAAACAGCGAGGGAGUUUGAAAUCGCGCCACAGCCCUUUAUCUGAACGCCUGGAACAGUUAGACUCUCAGCGUCGCUCCUAGCUGAAUAGGCAGACGCUUAGCUUGUUCCAGGCUCCGAGAUAGUUGGGUCUGCAGAAUUGAAGCAGGCUCCGAGAUGGUCCUUUCCGCAAAAUUGAGAAAGCGCGAACACGAAAAUCUUCGCGUGCCUUCACUUACCUGUCAUCCCCACUAUCUGAGAGCCUGUAACAGGCUAAAAGACCCCCAUAUAUUCCCGACUAAGUCUUUGACCAGGGCAAGGCUGUGCUUCUGCCUCUUACCCCGGCAGGUACUCACGACAGUAUUCUAAGAAAAAGAGCUGACGUGUUUCACGUACUGAAGGUAUUGAUUGUCCGGGUCGAUGGUAACUUUAUUGAGGAUUUACGGGGGAAUUUUUUAUGUGCCUGAUUUGCACGAUCAAUACCCUGCGAGCAGAGGCCCUUCGAUCUUCCUAGAUAAGUCCUUCGUCUUCCUGACUUAUCUAGGAAGAUCGAAAGGCCUCUGCUCGUAGGGUACACGAUCAAAGCCUCUAAUAAGAAAGCGGUCCCACCUUCUUUCGCGAUCGCCGGUUUAAGGCUCCAAAAGGCCUAUACGUGCACUCUCGUUUUCCAUCGUCACUGAAAUACUUAAGGGUAGGCUCCAUUUCUGCCGCUCUCUCGGAUCUGAUCUUGUUCCCGAACAGCGCGGCUAGUAAUCGAACCUAACGGGAGUGUCAAUUUCAGCAAUCCUGUAUAGCCUGUGAACAGGUUCUUAAGUGGAGCGGACAGGCUAGCAGUCCUGUGACUAACACACUGAUAUACUCAGUUGAGGAAUCUUUGAAUAUACUCUGAAAACUUCUUUUUAAUGAGGGGAACUUGCGAAAACAGUGGAAGGACUCGAUCAACAAACGGUUUUUUCGUAUUAGAGUACUCCUGGGAAUUUUUGGUGAGGGUAUGUCGCGCGGUUCUCCAGAUCCUGACCCUAUUUCAGACCAAAAAAAUGUCACUUUUCACGCCCUUUUUCUGGCCUGCCUUUAAAACCCAUACCCGUUUUCAGACCUGACCUCUAACAGGAGUUCAUGAAAUUAUGUCAUCAUUACCUAUAUUAGACACCAACAAAGACGAUUUCAUAAGUCCAUUUCGCCGAGAUUCGUGUAUUUCCCUUUCUUUCUUGUUCAUUUGGGAAAGGAAUGACAAAUACGUUCAUACACUCCAGUAGUUCCCUCGAAAAUCAUACCUGGUUCCAGACCGAAAUGGACGAAGUCUAUACCCGUUUUCAAACCAAAACAGCGCAAAAACCCUACCCCCUGGGAACCUGGACUGGGUUGUACAAUGCCGGGUUAUAACCCAUGGUUAGUGGAUGGUUAGUGGGUAAUUUGAAUGCAAAUAUUAAAGCUUAAAAGCAAAUGUAGUUUUUGAUGAUUGCUUGUAAACUCUCAAAUAGCCUGCGCCCCUCGCGUUUCUCUCGCGGCUAAAACUCCCUUUCCCUUUCAAACGCAUGCCACGCAGGGUAACUCUAAAAAGAUCAAAGACUGAAUUAUCCGACAAAAUGCUUUAGAGCAAAAGAAAAAGAAACCCGGAUACAAAAAUUUAACCCAUGGUUGGCGCUAGCGACCUUCAAUUAAGUGGGCACUAUCAAAAAACCCCGGGGAUACUCCUCGGAAUUCUUGGUGGGGGUGUGCCGCCCGGGUCUUCUCUGAGUGAUCCAUUUCGAAUUCGCAUAUGUUUCUUUCUUUCUUACUAAUUUGGAAUUAAAACGAUAAAGACGUUCAUACAAUUCCGUAGUUCCCUCAAAAACCAUACUCGAUUCCAGACCAAAAUGGCAAAGUUUAUACCCGUUUUCAGACCAAAACGGCGUAAAAACCCUACCCGAUGGGGCGUCACAUACCUAUAUAGCUUAUACAAGGGAGUACCGCCGCCCCCCGGGCAAAAAAUGAGGAAUAUUUUUUGAUACCUGGUUUUACAAAACUGCCUCUAUAUUUUAGGAAAUUUUUUUCGAGGAACUGGUCAAAAGGGAAAGCCUGAAAGCGUACCGAGAAUGGACAAAAUGCCGAAAUGAAUUCUAGCCUGCGCAGCAAACAGUUUUGCCUGAGUCAGGAGCCUAUGACCUGCCAGAGUGAAUUUUAAUAAUUCUUUUCAACCAAGAAGACACGCGUACACCUUUAACUUUUUGACCUUAACUUUCCUUUUAGAUUUUCCCCUUAGCUAAGAAGCUCCAUAUACACCGUCCUGCUUAGCCUGUGAAUACAGCCGUCUCGCUUCUGUCCUGGCCGUUCUCUCUCGAAACGUCCUCAGCGGCGCGCGAGGAGAAACGUUUGUUCGCAGGCCGGUCAUGUCUGACUAACCAUGAUACUUUUCCGUAUUGCUUUGCAGCAAAAUGUAUGACUUUUCAACCUCGUCCCCAGGGCGCUCAGUCCCUGGCUUUGGAGGUGGGGCGGGAAAAAAAGCCGGAAAAAGCGCCCUGGGGACGAGGUUGAUAACUUUUAGCUGCCAAAAAAGAACAAAACAAAACUGAAGAAAAGUUCUCUUGAUAAAAAUUUAAAUGUACUGACAGAUUUAAAACAACAGUUUCCAUAAUUUUUUUGGUUAGACUUGAGAAGAUUGAAUUACGUUCCCCUCUUACGCCAUUGCCGCAAGGGCGGUAAUUUUCCUUCCAGCUAAAGCUGAAAACAAGUUUUAACUUAAAAGGCGCUUACACUAGAGAAUUAAUAAAUGUUUAAUGCAUCCUUGGAAAUGUAUUUUUCUGCUGAUUUUUUUUUAUUCAUCAGAUCAACCAUUACCAUAUUUGGACAUCAAAGUCGAGCGGGAAGGUAGCAUCUUGUGAAAUCUUGUGAUUGGCUCCUGAUCAAAAGCUGCCAUCUGAUUGGCUAUUCCAGUUUCAAAUUGAGUUGCUAAAUUUUGGCGCUCCUCACUUAUCGUUUGUUGGCGCGUCACACAAAAUUUGCAAAGAGACGAUCGAAAUGGUAGGUUGAUUGAAUAUGUGAAUCCGCUUCCAUCCGCGUAAUUCAAACCAAUUUCAUCAUAUUUUUCUCCAGAAAAUGAGCUCCACUUCGUUUUAAGCCAAUUGAACCUUAAUUCAAACCAGUAGCGUCUUUCGCGUGUCAUAUUUUUAACGCUAACUUCGACUAUUCUGUCGGGUUCGUAGGCAGGCGGAAAAGCUGGUAAAGAUUCCAAGGCAAAGGCAAAAGCCGUGUCGCGCUCAGCAAGAGCAGGACUCCAGGUAUAGUAGCGCUUUGGUUGUACAGCUUAUAAAAAAUAUUUUAUGCAGAGUUUUUCGCAGACAUAGCUGUAUUUCUGACUCUAUUCGUUGUGUUGCAGUUCCCAGUAGGUCGAAUUCACAGACAUUUGAAGAACCGAACUACGAGUCAUGGUCGUGUUGGAGCUACAGCGGCUGUUUACAGCGCGGCAAUUCUCGAGUAUUUAACGGCUGAGGUGGGUUUCGCAGGUUGUUGUUGAGUUGACUAAAUAAAAUGGCCUUAAGUCGUUUUCUGGAGCGAAAACUUCAUUCCUUUGUAAUUUAUUUUGGGCGGUUAAGUUUAGAGUUUGAGCAAAACUCUUCACGUACUUUCUGUCUUCCACCCUCCAAAAUUCUCUCUUCUUCGGUCACAGUGACAGAAAGUAUGUAUCUACUGUUAUUAACGAUCUCCAAAUCUUUAAUAGUAGAGAACGAUUGUUUUGCUUCUAACGGCAGUUCCCGCCAUAUUUAAAAUUUGCAAAUGGCGUCCUUUUCAAGCGUCCAGCUUUUGUUUGAAGAGCAAGCUUUGUUGCUAAAUUUUAUGAACUUUCUCGAUCCUUUUCUUACAAUUAAGCCCAUCUUGUCUGCAAUAGUAUUUCAUUUUUUGAAACUGAAUCACUUAUGCUGUAGAAGCUAGAUAUUUUGUUUCUCUGUUUAUCUUUUUAGGCUUACAUGUGUGUCUUUCCUUACAUAGGUGCUCGAGUUAGCUGGAAAUGCUUCUAAAGAUCUAAAGGUGAAACGUAUUACACCUCGCCAUCUUCAACUCGCAAUUCGAGGUGACGAAGAACUUGACUCGCUAAUCAAAGCAACGAUCGCUGGUGGAGGUAAGAAUUGGUCGUUAAUUGUGUAGUUCAAUUUUGAAAUCCUUCCACGGUGAAAAUUUUAUACAAGGCACAGUCUGUAAUGAUAAAUCUUGCUGCUUCUUUUCUUGAUUCUUUCUUUGUGUUCCUUUCUUGAUAAUGUUAAUUGAAUUGAGUGGUAAUUCAUAGUUGUUUGCGACAGUCUUUCUGUGAUCAGAUUUCCAGCGUUUGAAAACUUCUCCAUGCCGCCAUAAAAUUGCUUUGUUUUCGCGCUGCAAAAGCGCCUAGUCUUUUCCAUCUGCUGCUUUGAUAAUGGUAUUGUUUACCCGCUUGAAUAGCAUAAAAUUCGCCUUGUUUAGAUUUUCGUAGUAGCUUUCUUGUAUACUUUUUUCCGGUAGUUAGUGUCCUAAAAGCUUUAGUUUUCUUUGUUCUGCAUUUGUAAAGAUGCUUUGCAGAUAUUCGAUUUUAAACACUUGCUGUACAAUGCUGAACUUGAUACAAUGCAAGCGUGUCAGUAAUAGGGUAAAUGGUGAUGACAGCAGUAAGGUCCCAAGCAACCUUACUGCAAAAUUGUCUGUCAUUCUUUUUUUCAUAAUUCUUUUCCUUUUUCAACAGGUGUUAUCCCACAUAUUCACAAGAGUUUAAUUGGCAAGAAAGGAGCCAAUAAGCCAACAUAA